GGUGGUUGGGAAAGCGUUCCGUCACGUGACAGUUGUAGCGUAGUAGAGCGAUAAUGAUGAUGAUGGAGGAGGAGCCGGCGCCUCAGCUGAGUGGAGACAGCGGCAAUGUCUCCCAGAGCCACAGCAGCGCCUCAGGCCUCGCCGAGGAAGAGGAGGAGGAGGAGGAAGAAGAAGGAGGGGACGCCGGGCGAGGGGAGCUAUUGCUAGCCGCCGACUACGCUGCUUACCUGCUCCCUUCGCCCUUCGGAGGAGGAGGAGGAGCCGCCUCGACUGGGCAGAUUGAAACCUUAGACAAGAGUCUGGAAGAUUUACUGACGAGGGUAGAUGAAUUUGUGGGCAUGCUAGACAUGAUUCGAAGUGAUUCCUCUCAAGUAAUAAAUGAAAGUGUGCCACAUAUUCAUGCAAAGGCUGUGGAAAUGAGGCAGCUAUACAGAAAGAUAGACAAAUUGGAGGCCUUUGUUAAAAUGGUUGGAAAUAGUGUUGCUGGAAUGGAGGAACAGAUCACAAAAGCAGAAUCAGAUCUUGGAACUUUUCCAAAUACUUUAAAAAAGUUUCUACACACAAUUAAUGUGCCAUCUUUUCUUAACUCAUCUUCCUCAAGACAGAAUCAAACCUCAUAUGAACCUCCUGAUCUCUUCAAGACUGAAGACUACUUUCCUUGUCUUGGUGAAGCACAGCAUAUAUGACUUAAUUGACAAUGAUAUUUUCCAAACAAUAGUAUUGUGAGUGAGAACCAUGCUAGUGUUCAGGUUGUUGCUCUUGUUUGAAAACAGUGGCCUGUUGCCUUCCUAUGUGUUUCAGUCUGUCUUCAUCAGCUUUUACUUUAGCUUUGUUUUGCUUUGAAUAUGCUAGUUCUCAUGUCUUCCUAAAAGCUCAGAAAAAUAUAUCCCUAACUGGCUGCUAACCUUAUCAGUAAGCUAACUUGAAUAAAGGGGAGGGAUUUGGGUGAUAGCAAAGAGCAAAUGCACUUUUUCCCUGCCAGUGCAAUCAACCACUUUUCCCCACUCUCAAAACAAUAAAUGGGGAGAGGAGGAAAUUAUUACCUACCAUCUUUUACCUUUCCAAGUUAGAAAGUAGCAAGGAAGACAGAGGGGUUAAAGCUUAAUGUAAAAAGGAGAUUCCUUUCUUACAUCUACUCCCUGUUAAGUUCCAGACCCCUAUCCCUUUUUGCUUUGCCAGAAUGAAAGACUAGAAAAGGCAAGAGGAAGAAGCAAAUGAAGUGUUCUGUCAGUCAUUUGUGCUCUAUCCUCUUUUGUCUUUCAGGCAGAAAUGGAUUUCCAAGUAGAGGGAAGAAGUCAAGUAAAAGAAUUCUCCUUUCAACAAAAAACUGGGAGAUAAUAUUAAUAAUAAUAGUUUCUAUUUGUAUCUUCCCGCCUCUCCCAAAGGAUCGAGGCGGGAUCACAUAUUGACCUAAGGAGAACCAGUUGCCAAAAGUGUAGUACUUCCUUUUUCUUGGCUAACUUCUUUAGGAAUUUUGAAUGAAGGGCCAUUUAUAAUUAUUGAAAAAUAAAUAGGAAAAAAGUACAUUUGUGUUUUGCAGCUGCUGCUAUUAAUCUACAUAUCACAGGGAUUUUUAAAAAAAUAGUUCUGUGGUACUUUUAAGUGCAAUAAGGACCAAACUAUAUGCAUUCUUGUCUUUAAUGAACGUGUGCAGAUUCUAUUCAGUUUUGGGGGGAAAUCCAUUGUAUGAAUGGAGAAAUGAAAAGCUCCACUGUCUGAACCACUGCAGAGUAAAAUAAAAAGCAGUAUAUGCUGAUUGCUGUAACAUUUGGGCAGCAGACCUCUGAGAAAGUCUUUUUUGAUGAGUAUCCUAAAAUGUUUGUAUAUAAUGCCAAAACUGUGAUGACCAAAGCUCUUAUAACUGAAACUUUAAUUAAAACUUUAAAUACAAUUCUU